GUUGUGUACAAAAACAACGACGUGCGACUCGAGCUGUCCAGGAUGGCCAAACUGGGUGAUGCCAAGAUGAAGGUUCAUGGCAUCGUGGCUUUCAAAUGUGAGAACGUGGCAACCCUUGACCCAAUCACCUUCGAGACCCCCGAGUCCUUCAUAACGCUCAACAAGUGGAACGCCAAGAAGACGGGCUCCAUCUCCUUUGACUUCCGCACCACAGAGCCCAAUGGGCUUCUCCUCUUCAGCCACGGCAAGCCCAAACAGGCACCUAAGGUGAUUUCAAUAUAAUUUUAUUAAAGACAUUUAAAUGUUUUGCUUGUUUUAUGGUAUUUUAUUCAUCCUGAUUUAUUUGUUUAUCUUCUUCACUUUUUUACUGUGUGUUGGGAUUUUAAACGCUCUUUAAAUAAUUGAAUUCAAGGAUUCCAAGAGCCCCCUGACACUGAAGGUGGACUUCUUUGCCAUCGAGAUGUUGGACGGCCACCUAUAUCUACUGUUGGACAUGGGGUCAGGGACCACCAAGACCAGAGCCAUCAACAAGAAGGUCAACGAUGGGGAGUGGUACCACGUGGACUUCCAACGGGACGGACGAUCA